AUGGUCUACUUGUUCCAGUACAAUUCCGUCCAGGGCAACGUCAAUGGCUGGUCCUCCACGGAAAACUCAUCUCCAUCUUCCAGCACUGAGAUCUCACCAAGAUCAAAUGGGCAACUAAGCAUGGAGACACAGGAUGUCACAGGAUGUCACAGGAUGUCAGACCCAGGGGACCUUCCCAGAGGAAAGCACCUGAAGUGUUCACAACGGAAGCGAACUGUGUUCACCGAGAAACAACUGGCAGAUUUGAAGAUCCUGUUCAAGAAGAACCCAUACCCCAGCCUUAGCGUCCAGAGAGAAAUGGCCUCCAAAAUGGAGAUACACCCUACGGUACUGCAGGUGUGGUUCAAGAACUACAGAGCCAGGGUGAAGAAAGCCAGAGGCGAGCAUUUUCAGCAAACACAGCCAGAAGCAGCUCACACACAGCAAUUAGCCAAGGGGAUGACCCCUUCUCCUGGGAAAAAUAUGCAAACACCCCCCAGGUUCUCCCAGGAUGCGGGGCCCAUGUCCUUAGUCUAUACACAUCUCCCAGGCCCUUCAUUCCAGCUCCACAUAUGCCCCACUCAGAACGGCCACACGGGCCAUGCCAGCGGCCACAGAGUGGUCCACUUUGGCUGCUGUCAGGACCCCAACAUUUACUGCCUUUCUCCCAUUUUGGAUUCCCAAGAGCUCUCCAGCUGCUAUUCUCAUUCUCCGGGCACUUCAUCGCCACCCUAA